GCACCUUUUCUGUUCAAGAGAGGGAGAGAGAGAGCGCGCGCCCCGGCUGAGAGACAUUCCAACAAACGGAGAGAGAGAGAGCGGGUGAGCGCGUGAAGGAGCAAGUCGUUGAAUAUAAACUAGUAAGAGGGAGCGCGUGCGAGGGAGUAAAAGGGCGCGCGAUGGGGAGAGGGAGAGACACUGAGUGAAAGAAAAGAGAAAAGAGAGCGAGAGAGGGGGGCGAGCAGUAGCACCUUGUCGCUCUGAGGCGAGCCUGGGAUAAUUUUGUCCGGUUCUCCGGCUCCAUCCACCGGCUAACACUCUCCGCCUCUGACUGGGAACCAAGCGGACGAACCCCAGGAUGUUCUUGUGGCAGGUCGCUGUCCAGAGUGAUGACAAGGCAGUGAGAGACACACAUACCUAAGGCACAUACACACACAUCUCUGUUGCCCACACACACGUACACCUCUUGCCCCACCAGGACAGGGAGGAGGGAGAGAAAAGUCUGCUAUGACGGUGUCAUUUCUCUCCAUUUCCAGUGUGUGAGCCGCACACACUCAGCUCCGUGGGGAGUUGCCUGCAUGGGGGAUACGACCCGAUCUAGGCCACAAAGAUGGAGUUUGAAUCCCAUUUGUCACAUAUCUAACUCUUAUAGAGAUGUUCACACACACACCUGGAAUCUCCUAUGUCACGAGUGAAGAAUGAAGGACUGUCUGGAGAGGGAUUAGAGCACCACAGUGAAGACACGUGUGCCAGACCAAGGCAAAAGAUGUCCAAAGCCAGCUAAAGGGCCUGUGGGAGAGUGCUAGUUUGACCCCUCCCCAUUUCCCACAGUGGACCUAAGUUUUAAAGGAGUUUUCUCUUCUGAAGAGUAUCAACGAGAGAAAAAAAACUGCCCAUCAAGGGCACCUUGAAAGUUUGCCGUUAAGUGCCCGAUAGUGGUCACGAUGAGCUUUGGGCUGGAGGGAACACCCCAGCUUUAGCCUCUUAUUCCUCUGGUUUGUGUGGGGGGGUAGGUGCGUGCAUGAGUGUAAUGGCGGUGUGUGUUUGGGCGGCAGCCCCAUUGCUCUUCUUGGGACUAUGCCUGUGCAGCGUAGGAGGCCAGGCCCAUGGAGAAGUCCUGGAGUUUGGAGGCAUUUCCAGCCAAUGGGGGAGGUUUCCAGUCUGGAACGCCUGUUGCGAAAGCGUGCUGAGCUUCAGCCUGCGGACUCACAGCCAAGAAGGCCUGCUGCUCUACCUAGAUGAUGAGGGCUUCUGCGACUUCCUGGAGCUACUGCUCCUCCACGGCCAUCUUCGCUUGCGCUUCUCCAUAUUUUGUGCUGAGCCAGCUGAGCUGCAGUCAGGUGUGGCAGUGAGUGAUGGGCACUGGCAUGCUGUGCGUGUCAAGCGGGACUGGAAAAACACCUCGUUGGAGGUGGAUGGACGACUAGAGGGUUGGGCAGAAGUAAAAAGCAAGAGGAGAGACAUGACAGUAUUCAGCCACACCUAUAUGGGCGGGGUGACACCUGAUCUCCACUCGUCGCCUCUCAGGCUCACCUCACCGUCAGUUAGGGAACAUCCUGCCUUCCGUGGAUGGAUCACGUCGGUGGCCAUCAACGGCUCGCUGGUGACACUGGAUAGCUCAGAAGGUGUUACAAUAACUGCUGGAUGUGGCCCGGACCAUCAAUGCCAGAAUGGAGGGGUGUGCAGUGUGGUCAAUGAACAGGCCGUCUGCGACUGCUCUGACACCGGUUUCCAAGGCAACGACUGCAGCGAAGAGCACAUCUACACCCCAGGUCUGGCACACCUGAUGAUUGGCGACCAAGCUCGUGAGGAGUAUGUUGCCACCUUCAAGGGCUCUGAGUACUUCUGCUACGAUCUGUCACCAAACCCCAUCCAGUCGAGCAGUGACGAAAUCACACUUUCCUUCAAGACACUACAGCGCAAUGGCCUAAUGCUCCACACUGGUAAAUCAGCUGACUACGUCAACCUGGCACUGAAGAACGGUGCCGUGUCGCUUGUCAUCAACCUGGGCUCUGGGGCCUUCGAGGCCUUGGUGGAGCCUGUCAAUGGCAAGUUCAACGACAACGCCUGGCACGACGUGAAGGUCACACGAAACCUGAGACAGCACUCAGGCAUUGGACACGCUAUGGUGACCAUCUCAGUGGAUGGAAUCCUGACGACCACGGGCUACACGCAAGAGGACUACACUAUGUUGGGCUCCGAUGACUUCUUCUAUGUGGGUGGGAGUCCAAGCACUGCAGACCUCCCUGGUUCUCCUGUCAGCAACAACUUCAUGGGUUGUCUUAAGGAGGUGGUGUACAAGAAUAAUGAUGUCCGCUUGGAGCUGUCCAGACUGGCGAAGCAAGGAGAUCCGAAGAUGAAGGUCAGCGGAGUCGUGUCCUUCAAGUGUGAGAGUGUGGCCACUCUAGACCCCGUGACCUUUGACACACCAGAAUCCUUUGUUGCGCUGAGCAAGUGGACAGCAAAGAAGGCGGGAUCCAUAUCAUUUGACUUUAGGACCACAGAGCCCAAUGGAUUGAUGCUGUUCAGCCACGGCAAACCAAGACAACAGCAACGGAAGGACCCUCGAACACCCCCAACAAUAAAGGUCGAUUUCUUUGCCAUCGAGAUGCUGGACGGCCAAUUGUACUUGCUUCUGGACAUGGGCUCUGGGACAACAAAGACCAGGGCCAUAGACAGGAAAGUCAACGAUGGGGAAUGGUAUCAUGUGGACUUCCAGAGGGACGGACGCUCAGGAACCAUCUCAGUGAACAGUGUCAGAACAGCCUACACAGCACCUGGAGACAGCGAAAUCCUGGACCUAGAUGACACACUGUACCUUGGAGGUCUACCAGAGGACCGAGCUGGACUCAUCUUCCCGACUGAGGUGUGGACGGCUCUGCUCAACUAUGGCUACGUAGGCUGCGUCAGAGACCUGUUUGUGGACGGCCAGAGUAAAGACAUCCGGCGGCUCGCUGAGGCACAGAGGGCGGUGGGGGUAAAGCCCUCGUGUUCUAGAGAGCCUCCCAAGCAGUGUUUGUCCAAUCCCUGCCAGCACAAUGGCAUCUGCAGAGAAGGCUGGAACCGCUAUGUCUGCGACUGCUCAGGGACAGGCUACCUGGGGCGCUCCUGUGAAAGAGACGCGACCAUCCUCUCGUAUGACGGAAGCAAGUUUAUGAAGGUGCAGUUGCCUGUGGCGAUGCACACCGAGGCGGAGGAUGUUUCACUACGUUUCCGCUCCCAGCGGGCUUAUGGCGUUCUCAUGGCAACCACUUCUCGCAACUCUGCCGACACCCUUCGCCUGGAGCUUGAUGGAGGCAGAGUCAGACUCACUGUCAAUCUAGACUGUAUCAGGAUAAACUGUACAGCCAGUAAAGGCCCAGAGACCAUCUUUGCGGGCUCAGGUCUCAAUGACAAUGAGUGGCACACAGUGAGGGUGGUCCGGCGAGGAAAGAGCCUCAAACUCACCGUGGAUGACCUGCAGCCUGUUGAAGGUCAAAUGGCAGGUGACCACACACAACUGGAGUUCCACAAUGUGGAGACCGGCAUAGUGACAGAGAAACGGUUCAUGCCUGCGGUGCCCUCCAAUUUCAUCGGGCAUCUCCAGGGCCUGGCGUUGAAUGGCAUGCCGUACAUUGACCUCUGUAAAAACGGUGACAUCGACUACUGCGAGCUCAACGCCGUCAUCGGCUACAAGAGUAUCGUGGCUGACCCUGUCACAUUCCGAUCACGCUCCAGUUUCGUCACGCUGCCCACGCUGCAGGCAUACUACUCCAUGCAUCUGUUCAUGCAGUUCAAGACCACUUCUCCCGAUGGCCUUAUUCUAUACAACAGAGGCGAUGGCAACGACUUCAUUGUGGUGGAGCUUGUCAAAGGCUACCUGCACUACAUCUCUGAUCUGGGCAACGGUGCGCACCUGAUCAAGGGCAACUCUAACAGUCCCCUCAACGACAACCACUGGCACAACGUGCACAUUUCCCGGGACACCAACAACCUUCACACGGUCAAAAUUGACACCAAGGUCACCACGCAGACCACCAUGGGCGCCAAGAACCUGGACCUGAAGGGUGACCUUUAUAUCGGAGGUGUCUCCAAAGAGAUGUACAGAGACCUGCCUAAGCUGGUCCACUCCAGAGAGGGAUUUCAGGGCUGCCUCGCCACAGUCGAUCUGAAUGGCCGUCUUCCUGACCUUCUGGCUGACGCCCUGGCAACGAUGGGACAAGUGGAGAGAGGCUGUGAAGGUGUCACUGCAGGACCGAGCACCACCUGUCAGGAGGAUUCCUGCUCCAAUCAGGGUGUGUGUCUGCAGCAAUGGGAGGGGUUCACCUGUGACUGUAGCAUGACGUCGUAUGCAGGACCGCUAUGCAAUGAUGCCGGGACGACUUAUAUCUUUGGUCGGGAUGGUGGAAUGGUGGUCUACACGUGGCCCCCAAAUGAGCGCCCCAGCACCCGAGCUGACAGACUUGCCCUUGGAUUCAGCACUCAACAGAAACACGCUGUUCUGCUGCGUGUGGACAGUGCCUCUGGAUUGGGAGAUUAUCUUCAAUUGCAGAUAGACAAAGGCAACAUCCGAGUGGUGUUCAACGUUGGCACUGACGACAUCAACAUAGAGGAAAGCUCCAAGUUUGUCAAUGACGGGAAGUACCACAUCAUUCGCUUCACCCGCAGUGGGGGUAAUGCCACCCUCCAGCUAGAUGACCUGCCAGUCAUUGAGCGCUACCCUUCAGGCAACAUUGAUAACGAGCGCCUGGCCAUCGCCAGACAGCGAAUCCCCUAUCGGCUCGGUCGAGUAGUUGACGAUUGGCUACUCGACAAAGGUCGCCAGUUGACUAUCUUCAACAGUCAGACAACAGUGCGUGUCGGUGGAGGCGAGAGGGGUGCUGGCAUGUUCCAGGGUCAACUGUCCGGCCUCUACUAUAAUGGCCUUCGCAUUCUUAACAUGGCUGCCGAGGGGCAUCCACACAUCAGGGUGGAAGGCAGCGCCCGACUGGUGGGAGACAUGCCGUCAUCCUCCAUCACACCCCAGUCCAGCGCUGCUGCUGGGGGAAAUCGUUCCGACUCCGCUCCAUCUAUUAGUGACAUCACAACUACAACGGCCACCAACCGGAAACAGGGAGCCACUCAGCAGUCGGCUGAUGACCUGCUGGUGGCGUCGGCGGAGUGUCCAAGUGACGAUGAAGACAUCGACCCAUGUGACCCCAGUUCAGCACGCCCUCCUCUGCCUGAGGUCAAGGUGUUCUCUGGUCCAUCUGAGGUGGUGCGGGAAAGCAGUAGCACCACGGGGAUGGUGGUUGGCAUCGUGGCAGCGGCUGCCCUCUGCAUCCUCAUCCUUCUCUACGCCAUGUACAAGUACCGAAACCGAGACGAAGGCUCCUAUCACGUGGACGAGAGCCGCAACUACAUCAGCAACUCAGCCACGCAGCCCAAUGGCAGUGCCAAGGACAAGCCACUGGGCAUCACCAAGAUCUCCAAAAACAAAAAGAACAAAGACAAGGAGUACUACGUCUGAGGUGCAGGACAUCGGGCGCACAGACCAACACACCUUUAUAUAUUAUGGUUAAUGUACAUAAAUAGGUAUAUUCUCAACAAAAAAAUACACACGUCAAAAAGGACAGAGACAUGCUGAUGUUAAUGUUUACUCUACAACAUCUACACACACAUUCAUCGCAAGCACACACUUAUUCAAGCACAAACAUGACCACAAAAACUGGCCCGAGGGCGAGGACCCUUUACUGUAUAGUAUUUACCAAUGAGCCCCGCAUCACAAUGAGGCUCCUUUUAUGAACAAACACCAUUCCAACGAUUUAAAGAAGCACCAGAUCAACUCAGCAAUGAACCAUUUUUUGGGGCCAAGCAGGUGAGAGGACUGGUAGCUCACCUGCCACAAAUCACACCUCUUCUGAGGGGUUAGCGAAGAGUGCACAAGAAGCACACGGCAGAGUGAGGAGUGACAGAGCACCAAAAAAGAAGAAGCACCAAGGUGAAACACCGGCGUCUCCUCAAAGCGCCUUGGCCUUUUUCUUUCUGCGACUUGAUGAAGAGCCGGGGAUGAAGUGCAGCACAUAAACAAGCACACCUGUGAUCUAUCCCAGAGCAUCGGCCCGGAUGAUGUCAUAGAGACAGUACGUAAACAAAGUGUUGAGACAGGUGCUGUUGAUCAAAUGUGGAGGCUGUGUUGAUACAGAGCUCGUGUGUUGCUCAUGAAUCAUGUGGAAAUGCUGGACUAUCCUGAACAGGAUACUUGAGACAUCAGAUGCUACCUACAGACACCAGUCACGCAUGGCUGACGUGUUUUACACACACACACACACACACACACGCACGCACGCACACUGUACCGUACAACCACAAAUCAACAGACGCAAAGACACCCUCAUCAUUGAGAAGUGGACAACGGAGAAAAUGACAUUCUCAUAACCGUUACGACAAUGACGAAUAAGAAGAACAUUUGGGCAGUAAUGACUUUUUGGGAAAGGGAGGGGGGUGUUCUCAUUGCACGUGAAUUAUCUUACGCUGUGUGAUUUCUACCACAAUGAAACUUGGAUGGAGCCCACGCUGACGCACCACCGUCCUUGACCUGUCAUCUUCCAGAUGAAUGGGUUUCAGUCUGUGGGAUGUGAUGAAAACUAACCAACUCUCAGUUCCUCAUCGAUGAAGUGUGACCAUCUCGAAUGUGCUGCAUGCCAGAGUCCCUGGGCGGCGUGGUGGGCUAGUGAUGAGUUGCAGUGCCUAAAUCACUGGUCCAGUCUCAUAUUGAAGCCUGACAUGUCAAAGGCCACACCCACUAUUCCUGCUCUGUCCACUAAAAUUGCCAAAACCAGCUAAUGGUGAAGAAAACUGAGCAAAAUAAAUGUUACGUUGCGGAUAAGUAGGCUAGUCCAUUCUCUUGUGUCACUGGCUUUAUGACCUCCAUUUGUUUGGCACCCCAUUUUGGCCCUUUUGAAGCUCAACGAUGGUUUCCAGUUUACGUCUCCGCCGGUGUGACAUGGACCAGUCCCUCUAGUUCUUCCAAAUGGUAGUAAGUCACCCAGUCAGUUGCAUGUGGAUCGGAUGAGGGCAAGCGUGGUAAAAGAACUGAGCGUCAUUUCAAAUCGUUCCUUCCUCUCUCUCCAUGCUGAACUGGCCUUUUAAUCCCCCACUUUCUCUUGUUUUCCUCUUGUUCAAUAUGUUUCCCUCUCUGCUCUCCUGGUGUCUAUCGCCCUCUUUUUCCUUCUAUCUCUGUUGUGUCGCCAUCCAACAUGAAGGAGGUGUCUCCACCGACGGGACUCUACAUCUAUGUGUUCAUUAGCCAUGUUUAUUUUCUAUAUGUACAAUUUUUCUACAGUAUUUACUUUUAUUUUUAUUGUUACGGUUCUUUGAUGAACAUAAAGUGGAAAAUUUAUUAUGAAAAAUAGUUUUGAAGAUUAAUGAGUAAAUAAAAUAUUACCCAAGUGA